CCAGUCCCUCAAAUAGUGAGAGUGCGCCCAACAACCUUACAAACAGAAGCCGACCGAAAGAAGUCUCAAGCCUAAUUACUUUCAAACACUGCUUCUUUCACGAUAAAUAAUACAGGACUGCGGUGGAAAAAAACUACACUGGGAGAAAUUUAGACUCUUGCCAUUCUGCUUUGCUGCCAUCGAUCGGAAUCGAACAGGUCCCAAAGUACGUACUUCAUCAUACUCGACUACUGUCGAGUGAUUUUCAAGAUCUAUUUGGGUUUUACUUCAGCGGAACUAAGAAUUCUCCCAUCAGCAUAAAGUAUUGCUGUUUGGACUUCAAGAUCUUGAAAGACGGAGCCUUGGAGGCAAAGAGGAGAGAACUUUUACAAAGGGAUUUGAGACCGGCGUUAGUAACGCACUGAAUAAUUAGUUCAUAUGGCUUCCUCGCCGAGUAAAAGUGCCCCGAAGGCUGACUAUCUCAUAAGCGGACCAACUAGCUAUGUCCCAGAAGAUGGACUCACGGCAAAUGCCCUGUUCGGAGGCGGGCAGGGACUCACUUACGAUGAUUUCUUAAUUUUACCCGGGUUCAUAGAUUUCUCUGCCGAUGUUGUUGAGCUCAACUCAGCAUUGACCCGGGAAAUUACGCUAAAAACUCCAUUUGUUAGCUCUCCGAUGGACACAGUAACUGAAUCGGCUAUGGCGGUAGCGAUGGCUUUACACGGUGGAAUAGGAAUUAUCCAUCACAACUGCAGUAUAGAGUUCCAAGCAGAUGAAGUUAAAAAGGUUAAGAAAUACAAGCAAGGAUUUAUCAAUGAUCCCCUUGUUCUAAGUCCACGCCACACUGUGAAAGAUGUCAUUGAAAUAAAAAAGAAGAAUGGCUUUUCUGGAAUACCCUUAACAGAAAAUGGCUGUAUGGGAGGAGUAUUGGCUGGCAUCAUUACAUCAAGAGACAUAGACUUCCUCGGGCCUGAACAGAUUGACGAGCCGCUAUCCGAGUUUAUGACGCCAUUGAAUGAUCUUGUUGUCGCUAAAGAUGACUGCACGCUCCAGGAAGCUAAUAGGAUACUUCAGCAAAGCAAGAAGGGGAAACUGCCAAUUGUGAACGAGAACGGAGAACUUGUUUCACUUAUUGCUUAUUCUGAUUUACGGAAGAACAGGGAGUUCCCGCUCGCCUCUAAAGACAGCAAGAAACAACUGCUUGUCGGCGCAGCGAUAGGGACACGCGCGGAGGACAAGCUGCGAGUAGAGGCUCUCAUACAUGCCGGGGUGGAUGUCAUCAUUCUGGACUCGUCACAAGGAAACUCGGCCUAUCAGAUUGAUAUGAUCAAAAACAUCAAGGAACUCUGCCCCAGGCUCCAGGUCGUGGCCGGUAACGUGGUAACCGCAUGUCAAGCCAAGAACUUGAUUGACGCCGGAGCCGACGCUCUUCGAGUUGGCAUGGGCAGCGGCUCCAUCUGUAUCACUCAGGAAGUCAUGGCGGUCGGACGACCUCAGGCCACCGCGGUAUUCAAGGUUGCAGAGUACGCACGGCGCUUCGGGAUCCCUGUGAUUGCAGAUGGCGGGAUAAGAACUGUUGGGCACAUCACCAAGGCGCUAUCAGUGGGCGCGUCCACAGUGAUGAUGGGCAGUUUGUUAGCGGGGACCUCAGAAGCUCCCGGAGAGUACUAUUUUUCUAAUGAUGGAGUGAGGCUGAAGAAGUAUAGAGGUAUGGGAUCUUUGGAUGCGCUCGAGAACAAGUCAAGCCAGAGCCGCUACUUCAUCGAGAGCGAGCGCAUCAAGGUAGCGCAAGGCGUGUCGGGAGCUGUGGUGGACAAGGGCAGUAUUCACCGAUUUGUGCCGUACCUUUUGUCUGGCCUACAGCACGGGUGCCAAGAUAUGGGGUGUCAGAGUCUUUCUGUGCUCCGCAGUAUGAUGUACAGCGGUCAACUCAAGUUCGAGAAGCGAUCGUCAGCCGCUAGAAUCGAGGGAGGAAUUCAUAGCCUGCAUUCGUACGAGAAGCGGCUUUACUAGACUGCGCAUGCGUGCUACCUAACUUACGCAUGCGCUCGACGUGUGUUGAACACGUUUGCGCGUGUCGUUAGCGUGUGAUGAUGAGCGUGUGAUUAGCGUGUGAAUAUCUAGGAAACUUUUGAUAUGACUCGGACAACUCUGGCGACUCCUUAAAAUCAGGCUUUAAAAACCUUUUUUUUUGUCACCCUCGCAAACGCAUAAUUUCGUGAAUACACAGGUUACAGAAUACAAAGUGCCGUCUUAGAGCUCAUGGCUCAGUUAAUCUCUUCCUCAUUGCGUCGGUGAUUCGAUUUGUCUGCUGCGUGAUGCUGUGUGAGUGUUUAAGGUUAUGUGUUGCUCGCCAGAAAUGCCGUAAACGCUUCAUAAUCUAUUCCUUAACACUUCCUAUGAGUUAUCCAUGGAAAGCAACAAUCAUCCUCAGCAUUUGCAGGUUUUGUUAAAAAAAUGCUUGACAAUAUAAUUUUAUCUCUUUUUAUAGGCGUGUACCGAAGCGUUUACCAAAUAAUAUAAUGAACAGCGCGAGAAUUGUUAGCUUUAUGAUGUUGUUUAUAUGCUGUUAUACAGUAUGAUUGUAAAGCUUGUGUUUCAGUAUGUAUGAUGGACACAUCUAUUUAUUCAGUUAUAUAAUAUCAUCGGCGGACUAUUCCAGCGAUAAGAGAGAUAUUUUCCAUUGUACUCUCAAGUUUAUAAAAAUUGUACUCUCAAGUUUAUAAAAA